UUAACGGUUGUCACAUUUUGUGUCUUGGGAGAGCUUUAUUGUCGCGAUUGUCAUAAUCUGUGGUAGGAGGGAAAUAGAUUUUUUUAGAUUAGUGAGGGAGAAAACGGUGUAGGUUAGAGGAAGGUUAAUUAGCUGUUUUGGCCCUGAAAAGUUUCUUAAAUUUUACGGUGGGUGUAUGUCUCUCUGUUUGUGUGUGUGUGUGUGUUUAUCCUUAUCUCUGGGCCUCAGUGCAUCCAGUUGUGCAGAAAAACUGACACCUGAGUUAAUGUGUGCGUUUUAACUUUAAAUAUUGCAACGGCUUUUUUUUUAACGCUAAGCUGUGAAUAAUUGACAUUUGAUCUUAUAUUUCUUAGAAUGUUCUACCCGCAGUAUCAAUGUGCCUACAGUUUACGCAAUCUUAUGUAAUGUCGGUCGGAUCCUCAGGAAAGCUCCGGUGACUUUCCUUGAAAUAAUGCUGAAAGGUCCUUUGGAAUUUACUCCUGAGAGCCGUCACCAAAUGACUAAGGCUUCCUGAAGGGUAACUCAUGGAGUCCACAGAAGUCCUCAACUCUGAAGGAAAGCCUGAGAUGACAUCUGCUAUGUUGAAUGUGGAAGAGGUUGGUGAUGCCUUGUCAACUGAUGUGCCUGCAGAGUCUGGUGGCGAUGUUCUGAAGCUGGGCUGUGAAAACCAUGCUCAAAGUGAUUUUGACCUCCCUCCACCUGAUCAGCCACGUCCCAGUACAGAAGUGGCAGCUGUAGUGGUUCCAACUCCAGGUUCGCUUUCACAGGACAUCGACAACAUCUACAGAUCUGAUCCAGAAAAUGAAGCAGAGGAUGAACUGGGCAAUUAUACACUGGACAUGCUGGGUGCCCAGGGUGUGCCUGAAACAGUGCUUGGAGAUCAGCAGCCUAUGCCCUGCUGCAUUGAGUAUGGAGAAAGUCUGCCUCCGGACAUAUCAAACUAUCCAGAGAACAGCUGGCUGACUGAUGCAACCCAGAGCCAGUUCCCCAAACUAUUUGCCAAUGAUUCAUUAGGACAACCGACCCUGGUGGCUGGUUACUGGCAAAAUGCAGAGGGGUGGAACAUUGGCAUGGUGCCAGUGAAUGAAGGGAUGGUGACAAUGCUGUAUGAAGAGAAACCAGACGGGGAUCCUGGUACAACAUCCAGAGACUUGCAGGAACCGCCAACCUUGAAGCCAGUAGCAGAUUCUGCAGUGCAGACUGAUUGUGUUGCUGUGGAUGCAGAGGUCAGUACGGAUCAGGAUGUUGAACGAUACAUGAAUGAAGUGACAGCAGAACGGGAGAUCCUAAAGGACAAGUAUCAGGAAGUGUUGGAUCGACAGACGCAGGUGGAGAACCAGCUCCAGAUCAAAGUCCGUUGUCUUCAGCAGCAGCAGGAAGAAGAGGAGAACAUUUACCAGGAUAAUGUUAAGCAGAUCAAGGAGAUGAAGGUCAAACUGGAGGAGUUGAAGAGGAAAUCUGAAAAGGAGAAGAAAGAAUUUACUCAAAAAGAACAAGAGCUAAAGAAUGAAGUUGAGAGGCUUUAUGAGAACGGGAAGCGGCUGAUGAAGGAACAAGAAGAGAAGGGGAAACAGGUUGCCAUCCUGAUAAGCAGUCAGUCGGAUAAAAAGGAGAAGCUGAAUGAGGAUUUGGCAAAACUGCAACUCCAGCAUAACAAGCUCAACAGGAACAUCUUGGAGGAGACGGAGCGUGCAUUAAAAGCUGAGGUUCAAUCCCUUGAGACCAAGAGAGAGAUUGCAGUUAUGGUGUUGGACCAAGCAGCUAAUGAGGCAAAGUUACAGCUUUGCAACUUAAGGUCUGCGGCAGGAAGUUCAAACCUUGCACGUGAAUGGCAGAGAAGAUUGAAUGACAUCCAGGUUCAAACAGAGAAUGUAAAGAAUCAGUACAAGGGUCACAUUCAGAUGGUCAAGAAUGGUGCAAAACUCAACAGCCUACCUCCCAUACAAAUGCCAACUCUGCCUCCUCUUCCUGCGGAGGCGGAUCUUUUGUCCCACAGUAACUGGCAGUCCACUCCCACAUUGCCCCAUUUUUUCCCCAGUAGCAUGCCUCCUCUGGCAGCAUUCCCUCCUGUUGCCUUUUACGCACAGCAAGUCCUGCCCACUCCAGGUUUUCCAAUGGGAUUGGGACGUACAUCAGAUGUUGAGAAUCGUGGUGCUCCAGCUGUAGUCAGCUCAGCCUCAAAACUGGAAAAACUUCUCAGCAAACUGGAGUCAAAGUUUCCAAACUGCAGCAGAAAGCAGCUUACGCACAUCCUACAGCAGAUAAAGACUUCACGUGGCACUAUAGCUGGCCUCUCCGUCGAAGAACUAAUCCAACAAAUUGCUGAGUGCCUCAGUGUCUCAAACCAGUCUCUUCCGUCGGCCCCCCCUGGAGUUUCAGUCAGCUUGCCUGGGCGCUUCCCACCAGCUGUUGUUCGGACCAGUCCAUACAUGUCCUUGCCUAAGAGCAGAAGUGGAACUCUACCUUCAUAUCAAGAGAGGCCAGCACUGGUACCUGGGAGUCCCCGCCUAUGUUUGAUGUGUCAGAAGGUUGUGCCUGUCAGUGAGGUGCAUCCAAUGGCUUGUUUGCACAUUGUCCACAAGGAGUGCAUCAAGUUCUGGGCACAGACCAAUAAAAAUAGCAGCUGUCCUUUCUGCCCCACGCCACGGUGAUGAGCCUUUCUGGACCCUCUGGUUGGAAGAGAUGCAGGAAAAUGGAACUGGACUUCGAGGACUAUGCCAGAACUGAACAACAUGAACUAUGUAUGUUAAGAGAAAGGAUCCACACCAUGGGAAAUAGAUGGAUGCAUUUUUGGCACUUUGCCCACUUAACCAAAAUUGACACCAGUAUCCUGAAAGUGUUAUAAAUGACAUUGAAGUUGAUGUUACACUGGUUCAGCACACUUUGUAUCUUGGGAGCAAAGGCUAACAUUGGGGUUUUCAUUUAUCUACCUGAAGAAUUAAGCUGUCUUUGAAUGAUCAGCCCAAAGCAUUAAUUCUGAUUCUCUCCCCAGAGAUGUUAUUUGACCAGUUGAGUAUUUCCAGCAUUUCAUUUAUUUUGAAUUUAUAGCAUCUGUAUUUGAUUUGGUUUUUAUGUUGAUCUGUUUGUUGUUGGCCAUAUUUGAAGUGCCGUAAACUUAACUGUUUGCUAAUUAGAAACAGUGGUGCACAAGACGUUCCUUAAUACAUUACUUUGCAGGGCUGAGUUUCUGCCUGAAAAUAAAAAGGAACAGGUCAUAUUUUAAAGUAUUAUCACUCCAGAGCAGAACUAUCUCCAAGUAUCUGGCAAUUUCUCCACAUCAUGUAUCUUAAUUAAAGAAAUACUUUGACUAA